AAUCAAUGCGGCACGGGCCGGGUGUUGGGUGCCGCCGCCGGUACGGUCUGCUGCUGUAGUCACGGACACAGACGGUAGUCAUGGCGCUGUCUAAGGUGCAGGACGAUACCGGACUCCCAAAAUGGAAAGUAGCCCUUGCGGUAGGGGGCACUUUGGCCGCCGGGUAUGCCAUGUACUACUUCAUAUUCAAACAACCAAGUGAAAAACAAGAAAAGAAGAAGACAAUACCUAAGCAGACUUCUGACGAGACCGAGAGCCUUGCCUCACCAAACACUGAGGACACAGCUCACUUAAGUCCACUUGAGAGGGCACAGAGUUACAAGAACAAGGGAAACAAAUACUUCAAGGGCGGCAAGUACAAGGAGGCCAUCAAGUGUUACGAUGAUGCUAUUGAGGCGUGUCCACCGGAGAGCAAAGCUGACUUGUCUACCUUCUACCAAAACAGGGCAGCUGCAUAUGAACAGCAGAAAAACUGGGAAUGUGUACUUCGGGACUGCACAGCUGCUCUGGAGCUGAAUGAACGUUAUGUAAAAGCCUUACAGAGGAGAGCCAAAGCCUGUGAGGUACUAAAGGACCUGGAACAAGCUCUGGAGGAUCUCACAGCUGUGUGCAUAAUAGAAUCAUUCCAAAACCAAGCUACAUUAGUCAAUGUAGACAGAGUCCUAAAAGAACUAGGCCGGAUACAUGCCAAGGAAGCCAUGGAGAAGCGAGAGCCCAUCAUGCCUUCCAACCACUUCAUCAAGACCUUCUUUGAAUCCUUUGCUGAGGAUCCCAUCUUUAAUUCUGUUGACAAAGAGAAGGAAGGGGAUGUGGAUGAAACUGAAAAUCAACCUGGGAAGAAUGCCACUAACAACGGAUACAUGAAGGCAAAGAAACACCUCCAGGAUGGAAAUUACGGGUCAAUAAUCGAGUGUUGUCAGAAUGAGUUAGCAAAUCCCCUCACCCCAUACAAGGUUGAGUCCCUUCUGCUGCGAGCCACCCUGUAUCAGCUACGGGGAGAGAGUAAGAAAGCCAUGGAUGACCUGACAGCACUUAUCAAUAUUGAAAACAGUCCUCUAAAGAUGAAGGUGAAUGCCCUGGUGAAGCGUGGGUCACUCUUCAUGCAGCACGAGAAGGUGGAUGACAGCCUUCGAGACUUUGACAAAGCUGCCCUCCUUGACCCCCUCAACUCAGAUGUUUUCCAUCAUAGAGGACAGAUCCAUCUGUUGAUAGGCAAGGUAGAUGCAGCAAUGUCAGAUUUCAAGAAAGCUGUUGAGCUCAACUCCAACUUCCCCAUUGCAUUUGUCCAGCGCUGUUACACAGACUACAGGUAUGCGUAUCAGCUUGGUGAUAAGGCAAAAGUAGAAGAGGUCAUGAAGAAGUUUGAUGAAGCUCUGAAGAAUUUCCCCAAAUGCGUAGAAUGUUAUGUUCUUUAUGCUCAGGUUCUGUGUGAUCAAGGUGAACAUGAACGAGCAGACAGCUAUUAUGUUAAGGCCUUGGAAGUGGAGCCUGACAACCCCACAACACUAGUCCACCGUGCCCUGCUCAUUCUGCAGUGGAAGGGAGACCUUGCCCAGGCCCGGUCUUACAUUACACAAGCCCUUGAGAUAGAUGACAAGUGUGAGCUGGCUUAUGAGAACUUGGCUACCAUUGAAGUACAGACUGGUAAUUUGAAGAGAGGAGUGGAACUUUUUGACAAAGCUAUUCCUUUGGCAAAGACAGAAAUGGAAAUGGCCCAUCUAUUUUCCCUGAGAGACGCUGCUGUGGCACAGCUGAAAAUUGUAGAGAAGAUGGGCAUCAAUAUCCCUAAUCUUGGGUCUUUGUAAAUCAUUAUGUAAGUGUAUUUUUUAUAUUUUUUAUUGAACAGAGUUGUUUUCCUUUAGUCAUUAUUGUUAACUUCAAAACUUUGUAAUAAUCUUUUCCUUUUUCAAUAACUGUGUGAAUGGAGUGAGUGAAACUUGGAAGCAUUAAAGAUACAAAAAGCUAGAAAGUUAGAAGCUAUUACUUGUAUAUUCCACAGAACAAAUGCAUAUGCUAAAAAUCAGAAAAUAAAAUAUUUAUCAUUGUCAUGGAGUAGCCUGUUAUUGAUUCAGUCUGCCUUUUGAUUGCUACUGUAUUUUGUGAGGCAGAAAUCAGAUUAUUUUUAUUGUCAUGGGCUGGUGAGCUGAUGCGGCUUUCCUUUGCUGAAUGCUAAUUCUACUUUACUAUUGUAUGCUGUCACCAUCAAUAUUGAGAUUGGUGCCUUUGGAUACAGUACUGCCAGUCCCUUCAUGAAACAUUGAAUAAUAUGAGUAAUUUCUCACUAACCACCAUUGAACAAGCAGUGCACAUGUUUUGAAGAACUGUGGGUGAAGUUGUUUGGACAAGAUAUCAUUGUCAUCGUCAUUAGUCAGCAUAAUCAUCAUAGUCAUAACAGUGCCAUUCUUAACAGUGAGUAAGGUGGGGAUAGUAAUGUGAAGCAUGCAGAGCUGGAUGCAAGUGCAAGGAUGUACUGUAACUAUGAAGUCUAUUUUUCAGGAGGUUAUUUAAAUCAUUGACUGUUGUAAGUUGUAGUAUUCAAGUGUAGGAUUUUCUUAGACACACAUUAUGGGCAUGCAUGGUGUUUGGCUCCAGUACUCACACAGUACAGUGAGAAAGGUGUAUAUAUACAGCCAUACUGGUUAAUGCAAAGAUAUUCACAAGCAUAAACUUUUACAUAUUUACCUAUUUUUGGACAGCCGUGCCAGAAGGUCAACAAUUCAAAUUAAUGUAUUAGAUUAUAAUGUUACUUGUAGCCUUUUUAUGAAUGCCAUACUUUCUGAAGGAAAGGGAUGGUUGUGGAAAAAAAUAUUGAACAUAAGUCUUAUUGCUCUUAUUACAAUUUGUUUAUUGGCUUUUUUAUUUAUGUUAAAUUAAUAUGAUUGUUCUUUGAUUUAUCUUCAAUGAAAAAAUAAAAUAAAAAAAAUAUUACAGAUGCAUUGUUAUUAAUGGCAUGAUUAUGGCAUUAAUGGCAUUAAUGGCACAUGUUAUGUGAAACAUACUUAGGUAUCACAUUGAAUCUAUGCUGAGACUCUUGCUGUCCACCAAGAAGCUCUCAAAAGCUUCCUCCACAUUACCGUCACCAAGGAAUUGUCUUACACGUGUUAAUAAUGCUUAUUUUUCUGACUGUCAUCAUUGUUGGUGGUGCUGGAACAGUGGCAGGCUAAGGAUAUCCAGCAAGGUAUCAGGUUUUGAGAGCUUGUUGGCCAGCAUGUGCACACUCCUUAAGAAAAGUGAUUUGCCAGAUUCUAUGGAAUUCUAUAUGGCUUCAGUACUUUUAUGUCUAUCCACUAUUUACUGGAAGAUAUACAGUGUGUGUGUGUGUGUGUGUGUGUGUGUGUGUGUGUGUCCUCUCCAGAGUGUACUACAGAAGCCUCCAUCUCCUCAUAAUAACAUAGCUGAUUCCUGUCUUGAAGGUGAAUUUAUUAAAUAAUUUCCAGACCAUUAACACUGACAUCAUUGCAAUGUAAACAUUUUAAUUGCUGAAAAUUACCAAUAGACAAUGGACAUUUGUAAUUAUAAUCACAAUGGUAUCUUGAAUUGUAAUUUGUCCUUGGAAAUUAUUUUUUUAAUUAUUUAGUUUUGUUGCAAUCUCUGCUUAUUCUAUUUCUGCUGAAACCCAAUGCUUGAAUUUUGAUGGUUGUCAAAUGUUGAUGUGAGGACCAUUUCAAGGAAGAGUCAUUACAACUGGCCAUCAAUACAAUAAUCCAGUGGUUUAGCAGUGAAAUAUAUUAGAUCAAGAUCGUUUUGGGCUGUGCUGCAAAUUACAAAUAGCGAAUCAGAUUUUGCUGAUGAGUUACCAAGUAUUAUACAUAAUUAAUUACUCUUUGACAUUAUGAUCAUAUUUCCUUUUUAGACAGUUUGUGAUUAGGUGGAAGUGUGUUGGUUUGUGAUGAGUGUUUGUAAGCAGUGGCUUCACUCUUUUAUGUGACAUUAAGACACUGCUGUCAUUGCUCAGAUUCAUCUCUAUAGCAGGGCAAAUAUCUCUAUAAUAUAGGGAGUAAGCAGAGACUCAGAUUCUGAUACAAAAUGUUGAUUCAACACAGUUUGUAAAUAUAAACAUGUUCAGAAAUGCCGUAAAAGAAUGUUGUGUAUAGUUAGAUUUAUUAAGUUUUUUGGACACAUGAAUUUUGCUUUCCUAAACUGUCAGUACACUGCUUUUGUGUGUGGAUUCUUGGAGUUUUUUGGAGUUGUUAUAUUUCAAAUGGAAUGACAAUCUGCAAACAUCAGGAAGCAGAAGCAAGCCAUUACUGUUCUAUAGUGGCAUCUUUAAUUAUCAAACCUCAGCACAAGAUUAAGUGUUGCCAGACCAUAAAACUCUUGUGCAGUCACCAGAAUAUGGAGAUUAUUAUUAUCAUUAUUAUUUAUUUUUUUACCAUAAUUGUACAGCACACACACACACACACACACACACACACACACACACACACACACACACACACACACACACACACACACACACACACACACACACACACACACACACACACACACACACACACACACACACACACACACACACACAUUAAUACAUGUGACAAGGAUGACAAGGAUGUAAAUAGUUUGUUAUUUGCAGGAAAAGUUAUUUGCUUCUAAACAAAAACUACAUACUACUCAAUUAUCAAAGAUAUUCAAAAGCAUUCUAUUUUGAAAGUAAAACUGUUAUGCAUAUCUGAAGUUACCAGUUAAGGCAAACCAUACCUGAACUUGAAACUCUGUAAUUAUUUAAGGCAAGCUGUUAUGCUAUUACUAAUGUAAAUAAUGCUUAGAAAUAUGCUGAGAAUACAUAAGCUUGUACUUAACUGUAAAGUGUUACCCAUACUUCAUGUGCCUUCAUCUCAUAAUACUGAAAUGGUAUUAAUAUUGUGUCAUAUUUGUAUUGAUACGCAAAAGUCUUAUCAAGGUAACACUUUUUUGUAACAUCCAGGGGAACACUUGGAUACUCAUGAACCAUUACAUAACAUGUGACUCCUUGCACUUGUCAGCAAAGCACUGUGUCUGUUGUAUGGUACUUUUUCAUUUACUCUGCAGACUCUUGUUCUUCUAUAAUUUGAUAAGUACCUAAUACUACUGUGAAAGAUAGUAGUAUACCAUAAUAACUCAAAGCAUGUGGAUUACUUGAUGUUAAAUGGUGAGUAAAAAUAAAUAAAGGCUAAACCUAUAUCACUUGUACAUACAUAAAUCAUCUGAAAUUGUCCUCAUUCAUAGAAAACCUUGAUAUCAGUGUUUCUGCAGCAUUGAUAUUUAUGGCUAUAUAAAACUGGAAAUAUGUAUGUAAAUAUGCUUGUCAUUAUUUAAAUAAUUUUGAAGGCAAUCUUCAUGUGUUUGUCAGUUUUAAAGAGGCUGCAUUUUGAUAUCACUUACAAAUUCAAGCUGUAAGGUUAAAGAUGUUUACCUGAGUAACAAAAGACAUUAGUGGAGAAUUUAAUUAAAAAAUUAUAUCUUUGCUGAGUAAGCCAGGGAAGGGAAGCCACUGCAGACACAGGAAAAUUAAAUUGUCUGUUACAAAUAUACCUAAGAAAUAAACAGAGUAGUUGAUAACACAUUACUCGAGGCUUGAUGAUGUAAUUCAGUGAAUGCAUUUCAACACAACACUAAGCAACAAACUUUUUUUCUAAUUUUACUGUACUGUAAUGAUUUCAUGUUUUUUUUUAUAUAUCUUGUGCCAGUCAUGAUCUAUUGUAUACUAGAUGGAAGGAGUUAAAAGAAUGCACACGAGACAACAAAGAUCAGUAAUGAUGAAUAUCUUGACUGGAAAGUAUAUCAGCAACUGGUUGGCAGCUGAUGUGUAUGAUCAAUCUUAAUGUUAUGCCUAUAAUCUGAAACUGUCAUAAAAUGUGGUGUAGAAAAGUUAUGUGGGAAAAGGAAAAUAUAAACAUGAAACAAGGGAAGAAACUUCAAUGGAAAUAAAGUAGUAUGGCUCUCACAUUGGUGAUUAAUGAAAUAUUAAUAAAUAUUCACCCAAGGCCAGCAAAGCAUUCAGGUACUGCAUAUUUACUAUCAUAAAUGAAAAGAAAUAAACAUUGUGUACUUUGAUGUAACUGGCAGUAUCAUGUAUUUAUGUAAACACAGAUAUCUACUUUCUGAGCUUAGAUGAGUAAUAGUUUUUUGCUGUGGAUGAAUGCAAACUCCUCAGCUUUGUAUAUUUUUGAGGAAGUAGUGUGACAUCAUUGAGUGGCUGGUAUAUUCAAAAUGACCACAUGUAAACAUGCAAACUUGUUUGUAAAUUCACAUACAGAAUGUACUGCCUUGAAGUAUUAGUUGAAUGUAUUUAGCCAUGUGUAUGAAUGGCAGUUUGUCAGACUCUUAGUUAUGUCAAACAUUUCCAAGCCCAUAUUUUGUUUGAGUGUGUAAAUAUAGUUUUGUAUAUGAAAAAAAGAUCAACUUGUCUUUGUAGAUAUUCUUGCACAGACAUGCUUAUCAUAAUGGCUAUAAUAUUCAUAUUUUGCUCCAUAGAUUGCAGUGAUAUGUAACCCAUCAUCAUUUUUGCCACUUCUGAUUGUGGCCAGUUUACUAACAAAUGCAGAAACAUGAGUUAUUCACAAGGUGGGAAGACUUUCACAUUUGAAUAACAUCAAAUUUACAAUUAUAAUGAAUUGUCAGAUAUCUCUUCAAUAUGUUCUGAUCAAAGUCAUGGACUCUGGCCUGAACAGAUCCCUGGUUUAGGUGACUACCUGGGAAAAGCAUGUAAAUUCAUUGUAUAGCACCAUUAGAUACAUGUUGUUAUUAGGACCAAUUAAAAUAACAUAAUGAAA